CGCAGGUCUCGAGGCCGCUUGACGCCUUUGGACCUUCGAUAGUUCAUUUGUGAUUUGUGAUCGUCAUAUGAGCAUUCCGGAGAUGUUCUUCCUAUUUGCUCAGGUGGUCCGUGCGAGCACCUUAUCCACCCUCCACUCCCAACCACCCUGAUCACCCCGACCACCUCUUCACCCGUCGUGACCAAAGGAAGCGCCACGGAUCAAGCCUUCUAGAGCGGCUCGCCUAUCCAUAACACUUCAUACUUCAUACAACCCUUUUGGCGCCAACACAUCCCACAUCUUCCUCGGCACACCUUCCAAGCUUUCCACGAAAUGUCUUUCUUCAAAACGCCAAACUUCAACGGAUCCGACAACAAGGACCCCGUUACCGUCACUGAGGAGCAGGUGCCCGCUCAGGCUUCUAUGUUUGCUCCCAAGGACCAUACGAGGGAAAUGCGCCGUGGGUCUGUCGCUGAUCCUGGUUCGCAGAGGGAGUCUCCGACCUCUUCUCGUCGUGGGUCUCGCGCCGUCGUGACGAACCAGAUGCGCAACCUCUCAGUCCAAGAAGAUGCCUCCAUCAACUCCUCCAGCGCAACCAGCGCAACCAGCACCAGCCCCGAGGUUCGUCGCGACUCGUUCAUGCAGUCCUUCAACGAACGCGAGAAACCCCGCGAGAGCGACCGCAUCGCCUGCUCCGCUGUCUGGAUCGAACUCCGCACCAAUGUCAAGAUCCCCGACUCAGUCUUCUUCGCGAAAGCCCUCUCCUCGUACAUCGCCCAGAAAUUCAACCGCUCCGAGGAACAAAUCGGCGUCACCAUCGAACACGGAAAGCUUCUCCUCCUCGGCGGAACGCUUGAUCCCGCGUAUUUCUUGACGGUCACGUCGUUGUCAAUGUUGACUCCUACGCAUAACAGGCGUCAUGCUGCGACGAUGUCGAAUUGGCUUGCGGAGAAUUUGGGGGUGCAGCCUGACAGAGGAUACCUACGUUUCGUUGAUCCUGGACGGGCGAACUAUGCUGGGAAUGGAAUGACGUAUCAGACUGGUGUUGAGGAGUACAGGGCUAGCGAUGUUGCUGAUGAGGGUACGCCCGGUGGUAGGAAGGGCUCUAUCUUCGGUAACUUGAGGAAGGGAUCGAUCGUCUCCACCAGGAGCAGAUUGAGCGAUGAUUAAAUUAUCUAAGGAUACGGAAGGAUCACGACGUGUGGUACGUUAGUUAUGGUUAACGUUGACGGUUGUUUGGGUUAUGUCUGUCCUUUUGCUUUAGGAUCAUCAAGCGUUUAGUACUUCGUUUGUGGAAUA